CAAGAGACGCCCGACGUACGUUCAUCAGCGACACGACACGACAACCCAUCGUCCCUUCGCUUUUCGAGUCCCGUUCGGAAAGCGACCUUGAGAGGAACACCGCAAAAAUGGCUGACGAGCACUACAACGCCGAGGAGGCUGCCGAGAUCAAGAAGAGAAGACAGUUCCGCAAGUUCACCUACCGCGGUAUUGACCUCGACCAGCUCCUUGACCUCUCCUCCGAACAGCUCCGUGAUGUCGUUCACGCCCGCGCUCGUCGUCGCUUCAACCGCGGUCUGAAGCGCAAGCCCAUGGGUCUCAUCAAGAAGCUCCGCAAGGCCAAGCAGGAGGCUCGCCCCAACGAGAAGCCCGACCUCGUCAAGACCCACCUCCGUGACAUGAUCGUUGUCCCCGAGAUGAUCGGCAGCGUCAUCGGUAUCUACUCCGGUAAGGAGUUCAACCAGAUCGAAGUCAAGCCCGAGAUGGUUGGCCACUACCUGGGUGAAUUCUCUAUCUCCUACAAGCCCGUCAAGCACGGUCGUCCCGGUAUCGGUGCCACCCACUCUUCCCGUUUCAUUCCCCUCAAGUAAAGAAGAAAAGCUUUAUUGGAUGGAGUGUCGUCGUGUGGAGGAGGAACUCGGGCGUACGGAAUGUUGCUGGGAGGAUCUCUACGGAUAAAGGAAAAAAAGAAUCAAAACUGGAUGGAUACCCAUAUGGCAUUUCUUUGGGUUCUCAUCUUCUUACCUUGUAUGUCCAAGUGCGGGUCAGCUGUUUGCAUCUCAAUAUAAAGGUCUUGUCGGCAAUAUGAGAACGAAAAAAAGAAAGAAACCAACCGGAUCCUUCUAAAUCUCACGAUCCAAGCCCCUUUUGUCCUGGAUGGAAGGGGGCGCAGAGGCUUUGCUCUUCCUUUUGUUGGUUAGCUUACGAAGGAUGGCAGUCUAAUUUAACGAUUUCACUUUUCAC